GCCUCCUCCUCCUCCAUGUCCUCCUCCUCUGCUCGCUAGCAUGGCGGCAUAGUUCUAGUAUGGCUUUAGGCGCACACAGCUUGAAAAUGUUAAAUUUGCUUUAACAAAUGUCGGAUCGUUGAGCACAUGCCUAUUUACGAGACAUUUGGGUCAUAAUCCUACCUUUGAAGUCCAGAAAUGGCAUAUGGGCGGGACAAUACGCGCGUGAUAAAAGCUUUAGAGGACUACAAAGCUCUCUUGAAAUCGGGGGCUUCCGAUUCGGGUUCCCUCGAUGACAACAGCAUCACUAGGAAACUCACUUUCGAUGAAAGUAUGACACAGACGGAGCAAACUAUGUACAGAAGUCGACUAGACCUCGAAAACCAAGUCCGUGCCCUCAAAGCGCAACUUUUGGAACGAAAGGCCGAGGUGGAAAGAUUAAAAGUAGAACAUAGUUGGGAUGAACCUGCGCGCAAAAAAAUAUGUGUGGCCCACCAGAGAGAAGUGGACAGCUUGCAAGAACAUCUCCAGAAAGAGAAAGAGAAGAAUGAAGACUUGAAACAGCAGCUGAUCAAGGCACUCGAGAAAGAUGCAAAGAACCGCUCACAAUACAGCCAGUUGAAACAGCAGUUCAAUUCAGAGAAGCUGGAGUUGGAAGAAAAGCUCAGGGUGUCACAGAAGGACUGCAACACACUGGCCACCGCACUGGAAGAGCAUGUUCAGGAAAGCAGUGAUGCCACAUCAUCUUUAGAAGCAGAGGUCAAGAGAUUAAAUAUGGAAGAAAUACUUUUGCGAUCUGAAUUGAAAAGAGCGGAAGAAAAAGAAGCCCUGCUGACCAAGCAGUUACAGGAAAAACAAAGUGCAAUGUCUGAGGCACAAGCCUCCAUUCUCCAACUGCAGACAGCAAACUUGCGGAUACGGGAGUUGGAACGGCAGCUCAGCGAACAGGAAGAGACGACGCGUCUCGCAAAAAUCAUGAAAUCCGAUUUGGAAGAACUGCCGAGGCUUAGAAAGGAGAAUGCGGAAAUAAAGGAAGAAAACAGGCUUCACAGGCAAACGAGGCUAAACGUUGGCCUCAUGGAAGAGCAACUUGACACUGCUCGGCAAAAGGUUGCUCAGCAUGAAGCUCUUCAGCAGCGGUUUGCUCAGCAGGCAGUGGAAAUGGAACAGCUGAAGCAAACCCUUGCCUCGUGGGAAGCGCUUGUACAGUUCUCGAAGGACCUCAAGUCCCCUUGUAGCAUAAAAGAGCGCAUCACACGCUCGAAGGAAACCCAACUGUUGCUGUCCGACCAAGUAGCGCAGCUCAAAGCGCAGAAUGGCACUAUGGAGCUAAAGCUGCAAGCAGCAUUGCACGAAGAGGAGAAGCUCAAAACUGAGUUGGGGAAACUGAACAAGUCGUACGAAGAGCAGACGACGCUUUUGAGACGAGUACAGCGACGCCUGUUGAUGGCGGGACAGGAGCGGGAAGCGUACAAAGGCUUGUUAGACAGCUUUCAGAGGGAGACGACGGUGGACCUCAACUCUGCCCUCACUAAGCAGAUGCAGUCACUCGAAGCUGUAGUCGAAAACUAUAGACACACGCUUGAGCAGGCUGAAAAGGAAAUUGCUCAACUGCGCUCUAGUAAAGGGACAACAUGCGCGCAGUCUGUGUCGCUGCAGCAUGCGGAGGUACAGACGGACCCCAUACGUGUGGCCGAUGAAGAAAAGCGGGAAGGAGCUUUGAAAAUUGUGCACUUGAAAGACAACCCUCUGGAAGUGGCCCACCGUCAGAGACUGGAGGCAGCCAAGAAACUGGAGGAAGAGAAUGAAUUGCUUCAAGCCCGUAUCAAGAUCCUCGAGAGGUACGGCUGCACCCAGGAUGUGACUGCAAAGGUUCAGCAGAGCCUCCAACAGGGUGAGGACCUCCUCCAAGUGAAGUCUCUCGGUGAGCAACUCAAAGCUGCAGAGACAAAGAAUCGUCGUCUGCUGGAGGCAUUCAAGCGGACGAGUAAAGAAUUUCGGGAGGUCUGUUACCUUCUCACGGGAUAUCGCAUCGACAUUCCAGAAAAGGGAAAAUACAGGUUGUCACACAUGUACGCGGAGCUACAGGGGGACAACCUGUACUUUGAGAUGGUCGGUGACAAACUCAACCUGCUGGAAAGCAACUACUCUGCGCAACUUGGUUCUCUCAUCGAGACUUAUCUACACAAGCACCACAGCAUUCCUGCAUUUCUCAGUGCCCUAACGAUGCAAUUGUUCCGACAACAGACUUGCGUUGAGCUUGAAGAAACCGUGCUUUGAUGCUCCAUCACUUGUCAGGGUUCAAACACUUCUGAGAGUAAAUAAAAGGGACUACAAAGCCCAGAUA